AUGAAACAGGCCCAGGAAAGAAUUCGAGAAUUUGAUCGAUUACGAAGAGCGAGGCAUCUUCUGGAUGCUAUUUCGCUGGUAAAUGAUUUACUUGCUGAUGGUUCUGAAAUAGAAAUAUUAACGCUUGCUAGAAUAAUAGUAAGAAGAUUAAAUAAAUUAGGUGUGACAAAUGUAACAACGGAUAAAGAAGAUGAACGUUGGCACAAAAAUGGCAGGCUAUCUACUUUGAGAUUUAUGCAUAGUGGUAUUUAUCAUUGCUGCACAUUCUGUUCUAGCGGUGGAAAGAAGGAAAUAACUUGUGGCUGCAGAGGUACUAUGCCUGGUGGAUAUAAAGGUUGCGGUCAUGGCCAUAUUGGACAUCCGGGUGUUGAUCAUUGGUCUUGUUGUGGAUCUAUAUUACGUAAUGGACAUUGCUUAGUGAUACGAAAAACUAUGCAUCAACUUACACUAUAUAUUCAGCUUUAAUUAAAAGUACAUUAAUUAUACAAAAAGAAUGCAAUUAUUAUUUACAAAUCAAAGUUAUAUUCUCUUACAUCUCUAGAUAUAGAAAAUUUGAUCUGAAAAAAUGGCAUUUAAUUAUUAA